UCGAGGCAGCAUAAAUGGCAAAGAAAAAAUAGAUCAGUCAAAGAGAUGUGCAGAUGACAAAUACCAACAGGCUUUGGGGAAAGGCAUCUUCGGAAAUGCUCACAGCCUGAUUGGUCGAAAAACCAGCUCUGCCCAGUUCAACUCAGUUUGGUUCAGAACCGUUUGGCGGCUGCUGCGCCUGGAUAAAAACCAGUUCAAACGGGCAGACUGCCAAUAAUGCGCAUUCAAAUAUUCACGUCACGUCAGCAGCACGCAUAGCUUGCAAUAUAAUUUUUACCUCUUUAAAGUUGAAUUUGAAUCGUUUUUUUCGUGCUCAUUUCAUUCAUCUCAUUUGCACACUUUCUCCAGCACUCGUGCAUCAUUGUCGAGCCCGUCGCAUAUUGACCAAUCACACAGCUUUCAAAUUCAGAAGUUCGCCAGCGCGAUGAACACCAAGCCAAAGUCGCGUGCGCGGUCUGUCGCCUUGCUCUACCUUGCAGCGACCUCUCUGCUCGCGCAAGUGUGUUUGGCAGUCAAGCGCGAAGACUUCAAGACCUGCGAGCAGUCGGCCUUCUGCAACCGCCACCGCGUAUUUGCAGACACCAUGGUCAAGGAGACCCAAGCACUGGGCAAGAGCAGCUCGGCGCCGGCAAACUCCUCACCAUACUCGGUUCUCGAAAACAGCGUGCGCCUGGAUGGACACACGCUAACGGCAUCGGUGCAGCACGGUACGGACAAGGUUCCAUUAAAGUUUGAGCUGUCCUUCUUGGAGAGCGGCAUUGUGCGCGUUAGGGCGCAGGAGGAGACCCCAAUGAAGCCACGCUUCGAUGAAACACAGAAAUACGUUCUGCGCGAUGAGGGUUCGGCACUGCCGUACGCGUCUCCAGACAGCAUCAGGCUGGUAUCCGAGGCGGCAAACGGGCUGGCCACACACACUGUCAACUAUGUUAACGGGAACUCGUCCUUUAGUGUCCGCAUGAACGAAAGACCGUGGUCUCUCGAGUAUUUGGUCGAUGGAAAGCCUGCGAUCCAGCUCAAUACAAAGGGGUUCUUCCACUUUGAGCACCUGCGCCAGAAGCCAGCCGACGGCGAGCUCGACGACGUUGCCGGCGGAUGGGAGGAGUCAUUCAAGAGCUGGACAGACUCCAAGCCCAACGGGCCCGAAUCUUUUGGCCUGGACAUCAACUUUAACGGGUUUGAGCACGUCUACGGCAUCCCCGAGCACUCAUCGCCGCUGUCGCUCAAGGACACACGCGGUGGCGGCAAGGACGCUUACGACCAGCCCUACCGCAUGUACAAUUUGGAUGUCUUUGAGUACGAGCUUGACAACCCGAUGGCGCUGUAUGGGUCCAUCCCAUUUAUGCUCGCACACAGCGCCGAGGCCACAGUCGGCGUCUUCUGGAUGAACGCAGCCGAGACGUGGAUCGACGUCACGCGCGAGAAGAGCAGCACGUUCGGCAGCCUGUUUGGCCGCAGCGGCGCCGGCCAGCGGCCCACGGUCAACACGCACUGGGUCAGCGAGUCGGGCGUCAUGGACGUGUUUAUGCUGCCGGGCGCGACUGCAGCCGAUGUGUACCGCCAGUAUGCAGAGCUCGUCGAGCAAACACCUCUGCCGCGCGACUUUUCGCUGGGCUACCACCAGUGUCGCUGGAACUACAUCGACCAGGAGGACGUGCUGGCGGUCAGCGCCAAGCUCCAGGAGCACCAGAUCCCGUACGAUGUCAUCUGGCUCGACAUUGAGCACACUGAUGGAAAGCGCUACUUCACGUGGGACAGCACAAAGUUCCCCGACCCGGUGGCCAUGCAGGAGGAGCUCGCGCGCGGCGGCCACAAGCUGGUGAACGUGGUCGACCCGCACAUCAAGCGCGACAGCGAGUAUCGCGUCUGGAAGGAGGCCAACGAUGGCGGCUACUUUGUCAAGAACAAAGAGGGCACUGAGAACUACCAGGGCUGGUGCUGGCCGGGCGACUCCAAUUGGGUCGACUACUUCAACCCUGAGGCGUGCAAGUGGAUCAGCGAGCAGUUCCACCUGGACAAGUACAACCAGUCGACCACAGACCUGUUUGUGUGGAACGAUAUGAACGAGCCGUCGAUCUUCAACGGGCCCGAAAUCACAAUGGAGAAGGACCUCAAGCAUUACGGCGGGUGGGAGCACCGCGACGUGCACAACAUAUUCGGCAUGUUGUACCAGAAGGCCACGGCCGACGGGCUGCGCACUCGUGAGUCGCCGGCCACGCGCCCAUUCGUUCUCUCGCGCGCUUACUUUGCCGGCUCGCAGCGCUACGGCGCCAUUUGGACGGGCGAUAACACGGCCGACUGGAGCCACCUGCAGGCGUCAAUCCCGAUGGUUCUCAGCAACAACGUCGCCGGCAUGCACUUUGUCGGAGCCGACGUCGGCGGGUUCUUUGGCAACCCCGACCAGGAGCUGCUGACGCGCUGGUACCAGCUGGGCAUCUGGUACCCGUUCUUCCGCGCGCACGCGCACAUCGACACCAAGCGACGCGAGCCGUGGCUCCUUGGCGAGCCGUACCUGACGCACAUCCGCGACGCGAUCCGCGAGCGCUACCGGCUUCUGCCGUUCUGGUACACGCUGUUCCGCGAGGCCAGCCUCACAGGCAUGCCGCUGGUGCGGCCGAUGUGGAUGGAGUUCCCUAAGGAUGCAAGCCUGUUCGCCACGCAGGACUCGUUCAUGGUGGGGUCGUCGAUCAUGGUGGUUCCGGCCACCGACGCCAACACUAACCAGGCCAUCGACGUGCGCUUCCCCACGCAGGAGAACUGGUAUGACAUUAAGACACACACGACGUACCUGGGCCCCCUCAAGCGCCAGUUCCACUCCGAUCUCUCAACGACACUGGUCUUUGCGCGCGGCGGAUCGAUCGUCCCCACGCGCGAGCGGCACCGCAGCUCGUCGGCGCUGAUGAAGCGCGACCCGUUCACCCUGUACGUCUACGUCAGCCGCACGGGCACCGCGAGCGGGCGGCUGUACGUCGACGACGGCGAGUCGUACGACUACCAGAGCGGCGCGUUCAUCGAGCGCGAGCUGGUGUUUGCGGGUGGCAGGCUCACGUCGCGCGCGUCGGCGCUGACCAAGGACACGGCGGCGCACCAGGCCUUUUUGCAGAAGAUGGCUGCGGUGCGCGUCGAGCGCGUUGUUGUUGUCGGCAUGCGCAACCCGCUGGCCAAGGCCACGGUCACAGAGAAUGGCGAGGCGCGCGAGAUCGAGCUGAACUACGGCGGGGCGGUCGCCGACUCGGAGUGCAUCAUUCGCGACCCGGCUGUGCGCAUUGGCAGCGACUGGGAGAUUGCUCUGAGCUGAGGCGGGCUUUGGCGCGAGUGAAUGGCGCAAUGCUGGUGUUUGCAUGUACUGUGUAUUUGGCGCACGCGAAAGUAAUAGGAAAAAUAAAUAUAUAUAUAA